CGCCGCACCCUCUACGCCCCGCCAGGGAGGCAGGGUUACAGCCGAACACCGGCCGCUGCUUAAAAGAAACGUGAAGUGCCCAAGGAUGCCACCUGCCCUCUGCCAGACCCUCCCCUAAGCCGUCUGCCAGGAGAUACUACUAACCCCGCGACCCAGGCGGAAUCGCUCGCGUGGAGUAAGCUGCUCGAGGUCACGCUGUUACUUAAGGGAUGAGGCAAGGAUACAAGGCCAGGCCGGACCCCCCCCCCCCCAAAAAAAAAGCACCACUCAUUGAACCAUGAUGGAAGGGUGCAGGGGCGCGGAGCGGGGUCGGGCGCGGGAGGCGAGCACGGAGAGGGGGCUUCCCGAGACCCGCACACGUGGACACGGGCCUCGGCGACGGGAAGGCCCCACACCUGUUGGUGUUCAGAUGGAGCAGUCCACUAGUCACCCGCCAAACGGAAAAGCCAAAGAGGAAGAUAACGCUGUGCCUCUUUGUCGAGCAAAACCCUCCCCCAGCUACAUUAAUCUUCAAGCAAGUUCCCCCCCAGCCGCUUUCCUGAACAUCGAGACCACACAGCUACCCUCAGGAGUUGACCACCAGCCCAAGGAAUGCCUGGGACUCCUAGAGAGCAUGUAUGCCAACCUGCAGCUUCAGACCCAGCUUGCUCAGCGACAAAUGGCUAUUUUGGAAAACUUACAAGCAUCCAUGACACAACUGGCUCCUGGGAGGGAAAGCAAGAAUUCCUCCCUCUCAGCCUUAUAUCGUAAUCUGCUGUGAAAUCACCUCCCCCAGUUCAGUAAAUGAAUUGUGGAGCGAAGUUACUGGGUAUGUUUUUUUCCCUCUCUUUUCCCAGUAAGCCCUUGGAGGAAGCAGGGUUAUAUAGUCUACAAGUGGUUCGUUUGUUCACAGGUUCAUAAUAAAUGCUCGUCGAGUACAAAGCAUUGCACUAGGUGCUUAGGGAUACAUAGUGCAGAAGAUACAGUUUGGGGAGAUUUACUAUCUAACAGAAAAUUCAUUGUGAAAUUGAGUGGUUCUCUGAGGGAUAGGGCUGAAGAAGUAGCAUUGGAGGUUACUAGCUAGACUGAUUGUGAAAUCUCGCUGAAGGAAGGAACCUUAUCAAGGUUGGCAUUGUAGUGCAGCACCACAGCAGGUUAAGCUGCUGCUUAUGACGCCAGCAUCCCAUAUGGGCACUGGUUCAAGUCCUGGCUGCUCCGCUUCUGAUCUAGCUCUCUGUGAUGUGCCUGGGAAAGUAGCGGAAUAUGGCCCAUGUACUUGGGCCCCUGCCACUCAUAUGGGACACUUGGAUGAAGUGCCUGGAUUGGGCCUGGCCAUUGUGGCUAUCUGGGGAGUAAACCAGCAGAUGGAAGAUCCCUCUCUCUCUCCCCCACUCUCUCU